UCUUAGCUCCCGCACUCAAAUACACAAAGGCUCAGAGCAAAGUAGAAGAGAGCAGCCAAAUAAGGACACACAAUGGCUGCUUCGUUCAGGCUCGCCGUGGCGGUGACAUGCGCCCUGUUGCUGGCGACGGCGUGUCAGGGCUUGGAUGUGGGCUACUACAAGAAGACGUGCCCGCGCGUGGAGCACAUCGUGAGAGACGAGGUGAAGAAGUUCGUCUACAAGAACGCCGGCAUCGGCGCCGGCCUCAUGCGCAUGCUCUGCGACGACUGCUUCGGUGAGGGAUGUGACGGCUCCGUCCUCCUGGACCCAACGCCGGCGAACCCGCAGCCGGAGAAGCUGAGCCCGCCCAACUUCCCCAGUCUGCGCGGCUUCGAGGUGAUCGACGCGGCCAAGGACGCCGUCGAGAAGGCCUGCCCCGGCGUCGUCUCCUGCGCGGACAUCGUCGCCUUCGCCGCCCGCGACGCCGCCUACUUCCUCAGCGGGUUCAACAUGAAGAUCGACAUGCCCGCCGGCCGCCUCGACGGGCGCGUCUCCAGCUCCUCCGACGCCCUGAACAACCUGCCGCCGCCCGUCUUCAACGUCGCCCAGCUCGUCGGCAGCUUCGCCGGCAAGGGCCUCAACGCCGAGGACAUGGUCGUGCUCUCGGGAGCCCACACCAUCGGACGCUCCCACUGCUCGUCCUUCGUCCCCGACCGCCUCGCCGUCCCCUCCGACAUCAACGCCGGGUUCGCCAACUUCCUCAGGGGGCAGUGCCCCGCCAACCCGACGCCGGCCAACGACCCCACCGUGAACCAGGACAUCGUCACCCCCAACGGACUCGACAACCAGUACUACAAGAACGUGCUGGCGCACAAGGUGCUCUUCACGUCCGACGCCACGCUGCUCACCACGCCGGCGACGGCCAAGAUGGUGCAAGACAGCGCCAACAUCCCCGGGUGGUGGGAGGGCAAGUUCAAGAAGGCAUUCGUCGAGAUGUCCAAAAUCGAGGUGAAGACCGGCAAGCAGGGCGAGAUCAGGAAGCAAUGCAGGGUCGUCAACUAAGAUCAUCCACACUACUGAGCAAUCCGAUGUUGCUGUUGCCAGGAACGCAUGGCCAUUGGAGCGUUCGUUCUUGUUUGCAGGGUUUCUCACGCACCUC